AAAAAAAAAAAUUACAAGUCUAAUGGAGACGAUGGAGCAACAAAGACAUUCACUCUCUUCUUUGCCUAUGCUCUCUAGGCUUGAGCAUUUAGAUUUCGUUAUAAAGAAUCUAGAAAGACAACAAAACCUUUCUAAAUGGAAAGACGAAAACACAUCUACCACACGCGGAUUAAUCGAUAGAGGCACUGCGGUUAGAGAAGCAUAUUUCAAAGGAUCCUUAUUAGAUCGAAUCGCAGCUUUGGAGACCAGACUUUUUCAGAUAUGUUUGGAGUUGGAAUCGGGCAGUGCGUCUUCCACUUCAACUGGAGGGUCCGGUGAAACAUCAAACCAAAGGAUUAAGAGAGAUUUGACAAAGACAUUACCCAUUUUCACUAGCAACGUUAAUCCUUUUCAUAUCCCCUUACAACCUCCGCAUGAUACUCAUGAAGCAGAAGAGAAGAUUGAAGAAGAGGAAGAGGAAGAGGAAGAGGAAGAGGCAGAGAUAAAUACUGAGAAACCAUUACUGGAGAAGAAGAAUAAGAAGAAGGUUGCUAAUGAAACUUGCAAACCAAACAAAAAGACAAAAUCUCCCAAGAAAUGGUGUCGAUUUAACUUAUUGGGUUGCUAAGUUGAUUUCUUUUGUUGCUUGGACUAUGCAGUAUUUCAUAUUUCGUUUAAAUCUAAGUUUUCCUUCUUAACAAAUCUGUGCUACUUUAUCCAUCAA